UAUAUUCAAUAUUAUUUCUUAGAGUACAUAUAAUGAAUUCAUAUCACAGUAAUUUUGAUUGAGAUCUGUCGAUCCACUAGUCCACAGUUCUUAGGAAGGAAGAAAGGAUUUGGUUGGUCCGACUCUGAGCUAGGUAUUCAUGGAGCAUGGAUCAAUGGAGUAUUCCAGCAGACAACGUUAUUGGGUGUUAGAAAUCAAACUCGUGUCGUGCAAAGAUCUGAAAGCCUUCAACUUCUUUCAGAAACUCUCAAUUUAUGCGAUUGUGUCGCUGAAGGUAAUUAGCGAUGAUGCGGAGAAGAAAGUAAAAGAAGCAGAAGAGCAGAUGAAUGAAGAGGUAGUAGAGCAACAAAUAAAAAAAACACCAACUGAUGGGGAAGGAGAUGGAAAUCCUGAAUGGAAUCACCAGAUGCGGUUUGAGUUUGAUCAUAAAGAUGAUCAUCGUCAGUUGAAGGAUGGACGGCUCUUGAUUCACUUUGAUCUGCGGCAUCAGGGUCUGGGAAUAUUGGGAAUCGGAGACAGAAGUAUAGGAGAGGUUCGUGUGCCCUUGAAUGAUCUGAUGAUCCCAUAUAUCCCACCGUCGUCGGCGAAUAAUUCUGGACUUGGACUUGGAGGAGUGCAGCAGCAGCAGGCAAGGUAUGUGAAUUAUCAGGUCCGGACUAGCGAUGAAAAACCCAAUGGGAUGUUGACCUUCUCCUACAAGCUGAAGCUACUCAUUAAGGGUGCAGGCACUGAUGAUCAGCCACGUAUUCAAUACCCCACAAUUACAUUGGAAGAAGAUGACGAUGAUGAUAUUAUGCACAAGUUCAACAACACUAGUACACAAGUUGAUGAUAAUAAUUCUGAUAUUACGAGUUCCGGAUCCCAGCAGCAGCAGCAGCAGCAGCAGCAGCAGGAAUAUUAUUACACAUCAAACAUAUCAUCAGCUGCGCCUGCGCCUGCGCCUGCUCCCGCACAUAAUAAUAAUUAUUCGCAAUCACAAUCACAGUUACAAGCUGAUCAUCAACAAAUAUGCAGCAGCUGCCUACCACAAUAUCAUCAUCCUUAUGAUCCACCAGUAGCAGUAGCAGGUCAUCGCACCUAUUAUCCACCGCCACCUCCCCCGCCCAUGGCAGAUCAUGGGGCAUCUUACCCUUACCACCCUCCUCCACCUGGCUACGGGAUGGUCCAUCCUCCAUGGCCACCCCAUCCUUACCAUGAUUACGGUCCUUGGAGCCCGCCAGCUGGGAUUGGACGCCCACAUGGACAUGGACAUGAACAUGGGUUUUUUUAAUUAGUUUGAUGAUGUAUAUGUAUAGAUUAAUACCGGAGAAUAGAUCGACUUGAAAUCCUGGCAGGCCGGGACUGGCUGCCGGAGAGAGUGGUAUGGUAUGUAAUAAUAUUAACGAUGUUCCCAAUGGCCCCUCCAAUUCACUCA